AUGGAAACCACUACAUGUUUCUAUUGUUUAGCCAUAGAUACAGUUAUUCAAUCUGUUCAAUACGAACGUUUAUCCAAGCGUAUAUCUCCUCAUUUACUUAUAUUACAUAAAUUAACUUCUCAACAAGAAUUAAUACCAUCAAUAAUACCAUGUUCUGCCAUAUUACACCAAUUAGAAAUACAAACAUUCAUACAACAAGAAUCUCCAUAUCAAAUGUUUCAUUUUCAAUAUCAAUCAUCAACGAAUUUUCAAAAAGAUAUUGUUCAACAAAUUUCAUCAUUUGAUUCUAUUGAUUCAAUAAACCAUCAAAUUUUACAAACUGAAAUUAAUUAUUUACAAAAACAAUAUGAUGAAGCGAGUGUUAUUGGUGAUUUUACUCAACAAUUAGCUGCUGAACAUAUUAUUUCAAAUAAACUUCAAAUGAUUGAAUCUUUUCAAAAACAAGAAAAAUCACAAAAAGAUAGUCAAAUAGAAAUUCAAAUUUCUUCCACAAUCGAUAAUCAACAAUCAGUUGAAUAUAAAAAAUCUAAAACUUCAAUAAAAUCAUCAACUAUCAAUGAAAAAUCUCUUGAUACAAAUCAAAUUAAUGAACAAAUACAUGAACUUUUGAACAAUUAUGAUAUAAUUUUACAAAAACAUAUAAAAAAUGAUCAAGCAGAACUUUCUAAAAUACAAACUGAUAUUGAUCAAAUAGAAAUUCAAACAGAUAAAUUAUCGUCUGCUCAUAUAGAACAAGAAUCAAAUAAAAUAAUGCAUCAACAAACGAUUGAUACUAUUGAAGAUCUUCAUCAAUUAAGUAUACUUGUAAAACAAAAAGAUAAAAUUCCUCUCCUAAUUCAUAAUAAUUUAGAAACAUCUCUUGAAAAAUUUCAACAAGAAAAUAAUCGUGAAAAACAAAUUGAUGUACAACUUCAAAUCUUAGAUAAAAUCGAUCAAUUAGAUAAUCAAUUCAUUAAUCAUAAAACAUUAGAAAAUCUUCGUAAACAUCUUCAUGAAGAACAAAAACAACAACAAGGUUCAAUAAUUCUUUCAUCAAAUAGACAAAUACAUAGUGAUACUCAUAUUCAAAUUAUACCUGUUCCAAUUCAUCUAUCAAAAUCACCAACAAUGACGAUUGUCGAAGAAAAACAAAUUAAAAAUAUUUCACAUCAAACAACAAUCAAACCUGCUAUUAGUGAAUUAAUACCAAAGAUUGAUUCAGUCGAACAAACUAAUCUUUCAUUAGUAACAACUAAUGCAAAAGAAUUAUAUCAAGAAUUACAAAAAAUGAAAUAUUCAAUUGAAAUGGUUUUUAAAAUUACUCAACAAGUAUCAGAUAUUGUAGAUGUUAAAGUUCCAUCAAGAAUUUCAUUGCCAAUGAAAAUAGGUGUAGCAAUCGAACAUGAUGAAGAAUAUCACACAACUGAUACUAUUCAUAAAAUUCGUGUACCUAGUCAAAGUCGUUUGCAAUCAAAUUCUAUUAUAGCCAUGAAUAGUUCUUUAUUUCCUAGAAAUAAUAUCGUUGAUACAAACAAUAUAUCUUCAUCUAAAAUAGUUGAUAUGCCAAAUAAUUCUGAACAUCAAUCAUCACCAUUAACAAUAGUCGGAAAUGUUGAGAAAUAUUCAAUUAUUCAAAGAAAAUCUAAAGAUCGAAAAAUUGCUACCUCAACACAACGAUCUAUUCCUCAAUCGAAACGAGAAUAUGGAGAAUUUGUUGAUGUUAACUCGCCAAAAUCAAACACUGAUGAACAACGAACAAAAGAUGAAGAAAAAUUUCGUGAAAAAAUCAAACGAAAAACACGUUUAGUUCAACUUGAAAAAAUAAAACAAGGUAAUACUGUUAUUCAUCAUCGAGUAGAUUUAUCAAAACAUGUUUUACUUGUUCCACAACGAGCAACUUAUGAAGAAAAUCUCGAACCAAUACCACCAUUAAUUCAUGUAAAAGAUACAACUAAUUUUUCAUUCAAUGAAAUGAACAUUGCUCCAUUAAAAUCUAAAAGAUCAUUACCAGUAGUAUCAGCAUCUGAUACAAAUAAUAAAUCUUUUGAUGUCAAUACAAUUGAUCAUCAGAAACAAAAAUCUGAAAUGAAAUUAUCAUCUUAUUCUACAACUAUUCUUUCUCCUGUUCAAGAAGAACCAGAAGAAAUUCAGACAUCCGAAGAUAUACCAUUUACUAAUAUAACAAAUAAAAUUAAUGAAUUAAUAACUUUUGAUCAUAAUGAAAAAUUAAAAUCUCUUCAUGAAAUACCUUUAAAUUUGUCGAUUACUGUUCCAUCAGAUAUUAUUCCAUCUAUAGAAGAAACAUUACAACAACAAAUUGAUGAAAAUAAACAAGUAAUAUUAUGA